CGCUCCGCCCCGCCCCGCCGUCCUUGCGGCUGCCCGGGUCGGAGUGACGUCACAGACGCGCCAAAAAGGAAUUUGGAAGGCGGUUGGGGCUCGGCCUGAGGUGCGGUACAGUGUCCCGCAGUGGACAGUGGGGGGCAUGGCUGGCGAAUACAGAGGCAGAGGGUUUGGACGAGGAAGAUUUCACAGCUGGAAAAGAGGCAGAGGUGGUGGGAACAGCUCGGGAAGGUGGAGGCCGAGGGAGCACAGACCCCAGCUGAAACAGAACUCCGCGUCUUUGCUGCUUCAGUCAACGUUGGAGCAGUUUAUACCCUACAAAGGCUGGAAGCUGUAUUUCUCUGAAGUUUACAGUGAUGGCUCUUUCUGUAUUGAGAAGAUUCAAGCAUUUGAGCAGUUUUUCAUGAGGCGUAUUGAUUUAUAUGAUAAGGAUGAAAUAGAAAGAAAAGGGAGCAUUUUGGUGGAUUUUAAAGAACUGAUAGAAGAUGAUAAAUUAACUAAUUUAAUACCAAACGUGGCGAAUGAGCUGAGGGAAGCACCUGAGAGGACCUUGGCUUGCAUGGGUCUGGCAAUACAUCAGGUGUUGACUAAGGACCUCGAGCGACACGCAGCUGAGUUGCAAGCGCAGGAAGGACUGCCACAGGACCGAGGAACGAUAGUCAAUGUGCCACACGUCCAUGCCAGAGUGUACAACUACGAGCCCUUGACACAGCUCAAGAAUGUCCGAGCCAACCUCUACGGGAAGUACGUUGCUCUGAGAGGGACCGUGGUUCGUGUGAGCAACAUCAAGCCCCUGUGCACCAAGAUGGCUUUCCGUUGUGCAUCAUGUGGAAAAGUUCAGAGUUUUCCUCUUCCAGAUGGAAAAUACAGUCUCCCCACAAAGUGUCCUGUGCCUGGCUGUCGAGGGAGGUCCUUUGCUGCUCUUCCCAGCUCUCCUCUCACGGUCACCAUGGAUUGGCAGUCGAUCAAAAUUCAGGAGCUAAUGUCUGAUGACCAGCGGGAAGCGGGUCGAAUUCCACGAACAAUAGAGUGUGAGCUAGUUCAUGACCUUGUGGACAGCUGUGUCCCUGGAGAUACAGUGACCAUCACUGGAAUUGUCAAAGUGUCAAACGCUGAAGAAGGCUCCCGGAAUAAGAACGACAAGUGCAUGUUCCUUUUGUACAUCGAAGCGAAUUCUAUCAGCAACAGCAAAGGGCAGAAAGCGGAGACUUCUGAGGACGGCUGCAAGCACGGGGCACUGAUGGAGUUCUCGCUGAAAGAGCUGUACGCCAUCCAAGAGAUUCAAGCCGAAGAAAACCUGUUUAAACUCAUUGUCAACUCACUUUGUCCUGUCAUUUUUGGCCAUGAACUUGUUAAAGCAGGUUUGGCGUUAGCACUCUUUGGAGGAAGCCAGAAAUAUGCAGAUGACAAAAACAGGAUUCCUGUCCGAGGAGACCCGCACGUCCUCGUUGUUGGAGAUCCAGGCUUGGGGAAGAGUCAGAUGCUGCAGGCAGUGUGCAAUGUUGCCCCGCGCGGCGUGUACGUCUGCGGCAACACCACCACCACCUCUGGGCUAACUGUAACUCUUUCGAAAGACAGUUCCUCUGGAGAUUUUGCUUUGGAAGCUGGGGCCCUGGUACUUGGGGAUCAAGGUGUUUGUGGAAUCGAUGAGUUUGACAAGAUGGGAAAUCAGCAUCAGGCCCUGCUGGAAGCCAUGGAGCAGCAAAGCAUCAGCCUUGCCAAGGCCGGCGUGGUCUGUAGCCUCCCUGCGAGAACUUCCAUCAUUGCUGCCGCAAACCCGGUCGGAGGACACUACAAUAAAGCCAAGACAGUUUCUGAGAACUUAAAGAUGGGAAGCGCCCUGCUGUCCAGGUUUGACCUGGUCUUCAUCCUGCUGGACACUCCCAAUGAGGAUCACGACCACUUACUCUCUGAGCACGUGAUCGCAAUACGAGCCGGGAAGCAGAACACUGUCAGCAGUGCCACCGUGGCGCGUAUGAACAGUCAGGAGUCAAAUACUUCCAUCCUGGAAGUCGUUUCUGAGAAGCCAUUAGCAGAAAGACUAAAGGUGGCUCCUGGAGAAGCAAUAGAUCCUAUUCCCCACCAGCUGUUGAGAAAGUACGUUGGCUAUGCGCGGCAGUACGUCUACCCGAGGCUGUCUCCGGAGGCUGCGCAGGUUCUUCAGGACUUCUACCUGGAGCUCCGCAAACAGAGCCAGCGCUUAAAUAGCUCGCCAAUCACCACGAGGCAGCUGGAGUCUUUGAUCCGUCUAACAGAGGCACGAGCAAGGUUGGAACUGAGAGAGGAAGCAACCAAGGAAGAUGCUGAGGACAUAGUGGAAAUCAUGAAGUACAGUAUGCUGGGAACUUACUCCGAUGAGUUUGGGAAUCUAGACUUUGAGCGAUCCCAGCAUGGUUCUGGAAUGAGCAACAGAUCAACAGCAAGAAGGUUUAUUUCCGCGCUCAACAGUAUUGCUGAAAGGACCUACAAUAACUUAUUUCAGCUAUGUCAACUCCGGCAGAUUGCCAAAGAGCUCAACAUUCAGGUUGCUGAUUUUGAAAACUUUGUUGGAUCACUAAACGACCAGGGCUAUCUCUUGAAAAAAGGCCCAAAGGUUUACCAGCUUCAGACCAUGUAGCAUUUCAUCGAGUCAGUCUCCCGGCUCCCCAGCCAGCUCGUGCCUUCUUAAUAAUGAAGAACAUGUAAAAAUAAGAGCCUAUUUAUAUCUGUCCUGAAAAAGGUUAUAAUAGGAAAAUGGGAUUAGUCAUGCAAAUAGUUUAAGAAGAAAUAGUCAAAUAUUAAUGUUUUGCAGAUUCUCCAAGACUAAAAGUUAUUUUAUCC